GGGAGAGGUGGAUUAUCAGGACACACUGAGUGUUUGUCAUGUUCCAGCUAUUGAAGCAUGUAGUUUUCUUUAACAUUCAGUUAGGAUUCCUUCAAGAACACAUUGCAGGUCAGUAAACUGGAGGUGUGAAGGAUUCAUCAGGAGACUGACACACAGUGGUGGACCGACAGAUUCAGGAUCACAGCUGCUAUAAAUGCAACUCUCUCUUUAGCUGGAAGAGGAACACAUAUCUGAGUGCAUCAUGGAUUUUGUGAUGAAGCAAGCGCUGGGCGGGGCCACCAAAGACAUGGGGAAGAUGUUAGGAGGAGAGGAAGAGAAGGACCCUGAUGCCCAGAAGAAAGAGGAAGAGAGGCAGGAGGCGCUCAGACAACAAGAAGAGGAGCGAAAGGCCAAACAUGCUCGUAUGGAGGCCGAGAGGGAAAAGGUCAGACAGGCCAUUCGAGACAAGUAUGGACUAAAGAAGAAAGAAGAGAAGGAGGCAGAGGAGAAAGCGGCUAUGGAACAAGCGUGCGAAGGCUCCUUGACUCGCCCCAAAAAGGCUAUCCCAGCAGGCUGCGGGGCGGAUGACGACGAGGACGAGGAGAGCAUCCUGGACACCGUCCUCAAAUUCCUGCCCGGACCUCUACAGGACAUGUUUAAAAAGUAACAGACACAAAGCUGUUCCUCAAGAAAGAUAGGUGAGGGGGGAUUUUUGCCAAACAGGUUCACUGCCUCGACGGAAUUUUAUGGAUAGAUACACAAAUCAUAACCCGACAACGUUUGGUCUUUUCACUGCCAUUCAGGUUCAGAUGGUUUACACUUUCUAUAGUGUUUGUUUACUGAUCACCAUGGCCUUAGGUCCUCAGCGGUCAGCUCCACCUUAACAGCACACUGAUGCUGGGAAUAUGAUGCUUACUUAGAUUGAUUGAUUUAAAACAUUUUAAAUCUGUAGCUUGAUGUAACUGCCCUGUCUUUCACAGAAGAAUUGUCAGUGAAUUGCAGAAUGCAGCUGUAUGCUUUCAGUAGUUGCAUCUGAUGAAUCACGUUUGCAUCAGUGAAUUUGAUGAUACGUUGCCAUAUGUAAAUAUGGGAGAUGCUGAUAUACUGUCUUAGAUGUGCCACGUUAGACCACCUGAAUGCUCAAAUGGUUUGCAGCCUGGCAGUUUUCAUUUAUCUCUUAUUUAUUUUGAUUUUUUCUCUAUUUUUGUUAGUGUGAAAUAGACUUUGAAAUGACCACAAGUGUUAUUCACGUUAGCCUUGCCAGCAAAAGAUCAGGAAAAGCUCAGUAAGUGUCUCUGAUAAUCAAUUUACAAACUGGACCAAAUUCUCUAUACACGUAAGAGAUAUUUAAGAUCUCAAAACCAUACAAUCAGUCAAUGUUUCACAGCAAAUGUGUCAUUUUAAAAGCAUGCAGAUUUGAUCUUAGAUCACUCACACACACACAAGACAAUCAGAAAUUAAGUGGUCUCAUACUAAAAUGAAAAAAAAAAAAAAACAUAAUUUUAUGUUUUCUUAUUUGUAGGAUUCACAUCAAAAUGUUAUUUAAACAUGGCUCAUAAAAAAUAUUUGGGAUGUUCUAAUAUAUGAAUAUUAUGUAAAGGUCUAACCUGACUUGUAAUGCACUAAUUUUUUUUUUUUUUAAAGUAGGUAAUUGUAACAUUAAAAAGCAAAAAACAAGCCUACGUGUACAGUAAAAUGAAUUUAGUAUAAGUGCAUGCAUUGUUUUAUAUUCAAGUUUCUUCCAUGCAUUAAAAAUAAUAAUAAUAAAAACUAAAAAAAGGUAAUUGCAUCUUUUUAUCUCACAAUUCACACUUUGUUUUUUACAAUUUAGAAUCGCAAGAUGUAAAGAAAAAAUCUGAAUUCUAAAAAAAAAAAAAAUGUUUAAAAUGGUUGUGACUUUUAUUCUCAAUAUUUUUUUUUCCUUGCAAUUGUGGGUUUAUAUCUUGAAAUUCUGUCUUUUCAUCUCAAAAUUGUCAAGGGGAAAAAAGUCAGAAUUGUGAGACAUAAACUCAAAAUUGCAAGGAAAAACUAAACAUGGUUCACCAAAUUUUUGUGAUGUUCCGCUAAAUAUGAAUGAUGACCUUAUUUGAAUAGUUAUGUAAAGAUAAAACAUUGCAAUUACCUGGAAAUUAUGGAAAAGGGCUUCCAUAGUUUUAAAAAAGAAUUAGUAGUCAAUGAAAAUGCAUUAAUUAAUUUGUGUGAGCUUCACUCACAACAGUAAAAAACCAAAGAGAGAAUAAACUGCAAUUAUACUUAGUACAUCACUGACAGUUUAUCUAUUACAACAGUAAUAUUUUGAGAACCAUUAUAUUCACACAUCUGAUCAACAAUCAUUCCUGCUGUGAAACACAAUAUAUCAACCUUUAUAAAACUAUAUAUACACAAUGUAUAUCAUUUAUAAAAAUACUGCCCAAAAUAUUAAUCUUACUGCUGGCAAAUUCUGAUGUGGGGUGACAAAUAUGAUUACUUCAGGCUUUUUUCUUUUACUUUAGUUAUAAGUGUUUUUAUGUUAAGCAUUUAGUAAACACUGCCAUUUGAUAAACAUGUUGGACACAUAUUUUGAAGAUGUAUAAAUGUUUACAUAUGAAACCUGGGCUAAAGACGCAAACUUAUUUUGUAUAGUAAUGCCCAAAUGGGUAUUGUAUUGCAUGAUGGGGAAAUAUAAACCUAUAGAUAAGUUUUCAUUGCAAAAAAGUCAGUAGUUGUUUGUUUUCCAAUCAAUGUGUCCCUUUUUAAACUCUGUUAGCAAAUGAUAUGCCUUCAGGAAUGUGACUGUACCUAUUAGGCUGGUUGUUCUGUGAUCAAAAUGCUUUGAAGAUUGUAAAAAUUGUUUUAAAAAAAUCUUAGUAAGAACAGGAUGACAUACUUUAGAAUAGCACGUGCUACUCUCAAGUAGACUUUAAUUUUUAGCAGUACGCAAGUACGUUUUUUAAAUUAAACUAUAAAAAAAAAUGAGACUGACUUUUUCAUUUUUGUAGCGUUAAAAGGUUUUUCACUAGUCAAAGCCAUACCGUUAGACUGCAAUAAUUAAUGAAAAAAAGAAUCAUCUUGUAGUCAUGCAUCUGUAAAAAUAUGUCGAUAUCUAUUUAACUCUUCAUAGUACAUGUCAGAAAGUGUAUAUACUUUACGUAGAGAGAGAGAGAGAGAGUCUUUAAAAAGAUUGCUAUUGUAGUACGGUCUACUGUAUGUGCUGUAUGUUCUUGUAAGUGUGUAUUUAUGUGCGUCUGUACCUGUUAUUCAUGGUGUACGGUUGAUGUGUUUUAUGUGUGUACAGUCUAAAGCAGUCUGUGGAAUCAGGGGUAUAUAGGAGUCCUAAUGUUCAUGUAUGCAUGCAGAUAAACUUUGCAUUAAAUACCAAAUCCGAGCAUCAGGUUGUACCUGUUUAUGUAUCACUGUCCCUGCAACAGAAGCUGCAUCCUCUAUCCAGGGAUGAAAUCCCAUCGGUCUAAUGAAAUGUGUUUUAUUAUCAGUCCUAUCAUUCAGGUUGUUUGGUUGACAGAACGGAGAGAUCAUUUCAAAACCAUUACAGCUACUACUCAACUAGGCUGAUUUCUAGUCCUUUAUCAUUCGCAGCUUGAUCUCAGACAAAUCAUUUGAUAUUAUAUUAGGUGUACUACACAUAUACCUCUUGGCAUAAAUACAUUCUUGAAUUGCGCUGCAUCAAUGCAGUGGUUAAUCACUUCAGGACAUUUAAACUCACUAAAUCACCCUAAAAAAGUAUUUGGACACUUUUGGUUGUACUUAAAUGUCAUUAGAUUUUAAAUAUCAAACUUCCAUCGUUUCAUAUGUAUCAUAGACAUAUUUGGAAUUUACAUUUUAUGUAAUUUUUCUAUUACAUGAAGAUGACAAUAAAAUGGUAAAAGGGC